UCCCCUGGGCCCUGUUUCAUGGCCAUUGCCAGCGCUCUGCCAGUGCACGUGUAAAAUUGGGUUUCCAUGGAUACAUCCACAAGCCCAUCGCUCCAACCCUACCACAAGUGUGACGUCAUCUCGUGAAAUGCGCUGGCAGUGGCUAUCGGCGCGGCAGUGAAACAGCCCCCUGGCCAGCUGGUUUUCAACUGAUUUUCUGACUUUUCAGAUAAAUCAGGAAUAACAUUAAUUAACAAUGCAGUCAGUGCUGAACACCGUCCGGGGGGCCGCCCUGGGCUUCGCAGAGCAGGUCACUCCCCUUCUGACGGAGUCGUGUUUCCGGGAGCGGGGGAUGCUCACCCCGGAGGAGUUUGUCGAGUGCGGCGACCAGCUGGUGCACAGUUGUCCCACCUGGGCCUGGGCCGCCGGCGAGAAGAGCCGCGCCAAAACCUACCUGCCCGCAGACAAACAGUUUCUCAUCACCCGUAACGUGCCCUGCCACCGGCGCUGCAAACAGCUGGACCAUGACGAGGCCCAGGAGCGCGUUAUCGAGCCAGACGACGGCGACGGCGAGGGCUGGGUGGACACGCACCACUUCAGCGGCGGCACGGCCAGCGGCGCCGGCGGCGAGAGCGCCGCCCUGGCCAUGGAGGCGCCCGCCGAGCCGCCCCCGCCCCCGCCGCCCCCGCCGCCAGCCGCCGCCGACAGCGACGACGACGGCGACGGCGAGGCGUGUGAUAUGGAGGAGUUUGAGGAGGCCGGCCUGGACGACCCGGACGAUGCUCUGGCCCGGACGCUGCCGGCGCCCGCCACCCCGUGCGCCGCCUCCGGUGCCCCCUCCGCCGCCACGGAGCCGGCCGGCGAAGAGAUUGUGCGCACCCGCACCUACAACCUCAACAUCACGUACGACAACUACUACCGCACGCCCCGGCUCUGGCUGCAGGGCUUCGACGAGAGCCGCCAGCCGCUGUCGGUGGACCAGAUGUACGAGGACUUCAGUCAGGACCACGCCAACAAGACAAUUACGAUGGAGACGCACCCGCACCUGGCCGGACCGCCGCAGGCCUCCAUCCACCCGUGCAAGCACGCUGACACCAUGAAAAAGCUGGUGGAGACGGCCGAGGAGGGCGGACGUCAAAUUCCCGUCCAGAAGUACCUCAUCGUCUUCCUCAAGUUCAUGCAGGCAAUCAUUCCGACCAUCGAGUACGACUUCACGCAGAACAUCCAGUUGUGAGACGGCUCGACGCCGCUGCUGCUGUGAACGGGGACUCGCUGUAGUACUCUGUGGGAUAUUGUUACUGGGGACUGUGCCAGGGACGGGGCGGGAUGUCUGAGCACUCUGGAGGACGUCUAUUGCCCGCCCGGAACUCAGCCACAAACAGGGCCGAGUCUCUACUGCCCGCCCGGGGUUUAGCCACUGACGUGACGGGGCCCAAUACGCCGGGACCGAGUCUCCGCUGCCCGCCCGGGGUUUAGCCACUGACGGGACGGGGCCCAAUACGCCGGGACCGAGUCUGUGGUGUCCACCCAGGGCUUAGCGGCUGACAGGUGGGCCACCCCCCGCUUGUAGCUGCUCGACCACCGACUGGUGUCUGCUGCUGGGAUAUGCCUGCUGGGGUAUGCCUGCUCGGAUAUGUCUGUGCUGGGAUAUCUCUGCUGGGGCAUGUCUGCUGGGUGAUUCUGCUGGGGCACGUCUGCUGGGUGUCGCUGCUAGGGUAUGUCUGCUGGGUGUCUGCUGGGAUAUGUCUGCUAGUGCUGAGGAUCUGACCACUACCAGUCGACCCUUAUCUAGCAGUAUCUGCUGACCGUGUCUGCUGACUGCUGACUGAUAUCUGACCGUGUAUCUGCCGGUAUCUGCCGGCGUUACUGAUGUGUGGUGCUGGCCACGGGUGCGUCCAGUUCCACCGCGGGGCCUGUCCGUACCACUGCCACCACUGGCCCUGAGGGCGAGCCGUCCGGCCACACAAAUUCCCAGGGCUGGGUCGCGACUCUGUGGCUACCCGCUGCGCCGAGCAGCCCGGCUGGCCCCGUGGCGACCCACUGCGCUGGGUGGACCGCACACCCGCCGACUGUGAUCUGUAAUUACCGUGUUUAUUGCCGCAGCCUCCUGAAUAUAGCUCUAUCUGAU